CAUCCCAACAGCUUCGCACUUCUCCAGCGGUAACUUAUCAACCUUGAUCAUCUAUCUCUCUGACUUGGUAUCCAUCCUCCCCAAAAUGACCACUCCCAAAACCUACCACAUCUUCGGCCAAACCCUCGCCACCAGCCUCUCCCCGACCCUCCACAACGCCGCCUUCGCCCACCACCGCCUCCCCCACCACUACACCAUCCAAGAAUGCCCCUCCCUCGUCGCCGUGCAACACCUAAUAGAUGCCCCCACCUUCGGCGGCGCCAGCGUCACCAUGCCGCACAAGCUGACAGCCUUUCCGCUGUGCGAUGCGGUCAGCGACGCCGCGCGACAGAUCGGGGCGAUCAACACGCUCAUCGCGGAGACGCGGGAUGGGCAACGCGUCAUCACCGGCGACAAUACCGACUGGCGGGGGCUGUACGAGCUCGUGGUGGAGUACUUUGCUGGCCGGGGUGCUUGUCCCAGUCGUGGCGAUGAAGUCAAAGCCGGAGGCACAACCACGGGAAAAACAGGCCUCGUCCUCGGGGCAGGCGGCGCCGCUCGUGCAGCAGUCUACGCUCUCCUGCAGGCGAACUUCGCCCGGAUUGUUGUCGCCAACCGGACGGUCGGGAAGGCGGGCACGAUUGUUCGGGAUUUCGAGGGGUUAGCGGGGCCCAAUGGUUCAACAUGCGAGAUUGUGGCCAUGGAGUACCCGAUUCCUGCGGUGGCAGAGUUGAAACCGGAUGUCGUGAUUGGGACGGUGCCGGGGGAUGUGGUCAUUGAGACGGAUGUAGAGGGGCUGUUCGCGGAACGAGAGCACGGGUUGGUGGUGGAGAUGGCGUACAAGCCCCGGGUGACAGGGUUGAUGCGCGCGGGGACGCAGGCAGGGUGGGAGGUGCAGGAUGGGCUGGAGGUGUUGUUGAGGCAGGGGUUUGUGCAGUAUUCCCUGUGGACGGGGAGGGAGGCCCCUGUGGAGGUGAUGCGGGGGAGUAUCGGGAGUCCUGCGGGGAGUGUAUAG